AUGGUGAUCAAAAAUCGUCUGUUUUUGACGCAGCGAAAAAAUAUGACUUCCUCACCUUCGUCCAGUACCAGUUCCGCAUACGCUAGUACUGACGAUGUUCGUCAGUAUUACAGUAACGAUAAACGAAAUUUCGUUGGUUCGGACGAUGUCGGAACAACUCGGCUAUUGCGUUCAUAUUCACCUCAUCGUAGCAAAGCGGGAAGAUUCUUUGCGACACUGCGAAUCGACAAGUCCUACAUUAAUGCGAAAAGUAUUAUAAUAGCAGGAAUAAUAUUAGCCAUAGUAAUUCUUUCAAUAAUAACAAUCUGCAGUAUUUAUGGAGCCAGUAGGGACUUAGAAAUUCAAGAAAACGAAGAUGUACCACCCGAUCCGGAAAUACUAUUACCUCCGUCAUGGAGCAAAUUAAAAAUUUUUAAACGUGGUGCCGUUUGUGCAGAUGCUGCACAAUGUGCUAGCAUUGGCAAAUCAAUUCUAGAAAAAAAUGGCUCUGCAGUGGAUGCGACCAUAGCUACAAUGAUUUGCAAUGGUCUCGUGAAUAUGCAAAGUAUGGGUAUUGGGGGCGGAUUUUUUAUGACAAUUUACGAUAAAGCCUCCAAGCAUGCAUACACGUUAACUGCAAGAGACCGUGCUCCGUUAGCUGCAAACGCUACUAUGUACCAAGGGAAGCCCAAAGAGGCGGCAUUCACCAGUCCGUUGGCUAUCGCUGUUCCUGGGGAAUUGGCAGGAUACUGGGAAGCUCAUCAACGUUUCGGUAAAUUACCAUGGGUUGACUUAUUCAGGCCCUCCAUCGAACUGUGCGAAGAAGGAUAUAAUUUGACAAAAGUUCAACACGAUGGAUUCAGAUAUAAUGCAAAAAAUAUUUUAAAGGAUCACGUAUUAAAAGAAUUAUUUGUAGAUCCAAAGACGAACGACUUUUAUAAACCAGGUUCGAUUAUUAGGCCCAAAGUAUUUUGCAAAACUUUACGAGUAAUCGCAGAGAAGGGAGCCUCAGAAUUGUACAAUGGGACAUUGGGUAAACUUUUAGUACAAGACUUACAAGAAAGAGGGGCAAUAAUAACAAUGAAAGAUUUAAACAAUUACAGGUAUUUAUCAUUAAAGUACUUAAAAUACAAAUUAUCGACCAUUGAGCUUUUAAUUGAAAUUAUCUCUAGAGCAACAUGGGAUGAACCACUUGAGUCGAGUCUCUCCAAUGGAAUGAAACUUUUUACAGUCGAUUUACCCGCUAGUGGAGGACUUCUCACCUACAUUUUAAAUAUUUUUGAUAGAUUUAAUUUUACACCUGAUAGCUUAGCUGAUUUUAACAAAACCGCACUUACGUAUCAUCGAAUGAUAGAAACGUUUAAAUAUGCGUACGCGUUGAGAAACGAUAUGGCCGAUAAAGAAUUUGUCGACAUGGAAGAAUUAACAAAGAACCUAAUGUCGAAGACUCGCGCACAAGAAACACAAAUGAUGAUAGAUGAUUAUAAAACGUGGGAUGAUCCAGCGCAUUAUGGAGCGCGCAUGUUGAGCAGCGCGAAGGAUCAAGGAACUGCUCAUGUUUCAGUAUUAGCGCCAAAUGGGGACGCAGUCUCAGCUACUAGUAGUAUCAAUUUCUAUUUUGGAAGCGGAGUAGUUAGCGAAAGUACUGGAAUAUUAUUGAAUAAUGGGAUGAAUGAUUUUGGUAUACCGUCAGCAAUUAAUUACUUCGGUAUUCCACCUAGUCCGAACAAUAAUAUCGCUCCUGGAAAAAGGCCUUUGUCAUCUAUGGUACCUUCGAUCCUUGUCGAUGAAAAUGAUGAUGUAAGAAUGGUCGUUGGUGCUUCUGGUGGUACUAGGAUCACCACGACAGUUUCUCAGAUAAUGGCUAAGAUUAUAUGGAUGAACCAAACAGUGAAGGAAGCAGUGGAUGCUCCUAGAAUACAUCAUCAAUUGGUCCCGCCAAACGUGUCAUACGAGUAUGGUGUGCCAAAGCAAAUAAUUGAUGGGUUGAAAAAGAUUGGCCACAAGACUGCUCGUUACAGAAUUCGUGGUAGCGUAGCUUGCAUCAUUUACACUAAGAACAAUACAGUAUACGGGAAUGCGGACUUCCGGAAAGAAGGAGACGUGUAUGGAGUCGAUUAAAGUCUUCCUAAUUAAAACAAAUGAUCAUUGGUGAACCUACUAAUAUAUAGAUAUAUACAUAAAUUGCUGAACUGUUCUGGCGACUGAUCGCAAUAAGUGUUAUUCAAGUUCCCGCGGUAUUAAACUCUUCAACGUUUAAUCACCAAAAUAUAUAAAAAUCUUUUGAAAGAGAAACUUUCCGUGAUAAUGUUUGUUGUGUGAUGUUUUCUCUACGGUGAACUGUGCGAAAUUAAAGUUCUUCAAUAAAUAAUAAUAAAUAUUUUA